GAGGUAAGCGGACCUCCGAGCCUCUGAUUGGAAGAGACGCGCUCGCAGGAAUGUCAUGAAACUAUUUAAAUAGCACUUUGUCCUCUCCGGCAAUAGAGUUUGAGCUGCUUAACAAGAGGGAAAGUGUUCGGGAAAGCAGCCUAUUUAAAAGUACUAUAAUCGGAAUUACCAGAGUUGUUGGACUAUACUUAUUUCUUAUUAUUUGACAAGAAAACAGGAACAAGAAGAGACUCUGCCAUGAAGCUAACAGGAAUAUUUUUAUUAGUGAUGCUUUGGAGCUGCGAGAGCGCAAGGGAGGCAGAAAGCAGAGACGACAACAGCGUUUACGAUCUGUUUGAGCUCGUUCAAGUGCCUAAGAAGAACCACGGGGUCAUGCUCGUGAAGGGCGACGACCCUUACAGUCCCGCCUACAAGAUCCUGAACCCGGACUUGAUCCCGCCGGUGCCCGAAAGUGAUUUCCGCGACCUGGUGGACUCGGUGCAGGCGGAGCGCGGCUUCUUAUUCUUGGUCAACUUCAAGCAGGCGCGGCGCACCAGGGGCUCCCUGUUCACCGUGGAGAAGCGCGACGGCUCCGGCACCCUGCUCGAGGUGGUCUCUAAUGGCAAAGCCAACACGCUGGACAUCGUUUUCGCCACGGAAAACAAGCAGCAAGUGGUGUCUAUUGAGGAAGCGGAACUGGCCACGGGCCAAUGGAAGAACAUUACGCUCUUCGUGCAAGAGGACAGGGUGCACGUCUAUGUUGGAUGUGAGGAGAUCAACAACGCCGAGCUGGACGCGUCUAUCCACAACGUGCUCACUCCUGAGACACCAAGCGUCGCCGACCUGAGGAUAGGCAAGGGAGCCGUUAAUGACAGAUUCAUGGGUGUGCUCCAAAACGUCCGAUUCGUUUUUGGAACUACGCUGGAUGCAAUACUGAGAAAUAAAGGAUGUCAAAACUCUGUUUCUGACAUUAUAACUCUACAUAAUCCAGUUAAUGGAUCCAGCCCAGCUAUCAGGACUGAUUUUACUGGUCACAAAACAAAAGAUUUGCAGUUGAUUUGUGGCUAUACCUGUGACGAAAUGACCAGCAUGUUUAAGGAACUAAAGACCCUUGGUGUAAUGGUCAAAGAUCUGACCAACAAGCUCCGCAAAGUGACAAAUGAAAACAAUGAGCUUGGUGGAAACAUAAUUAUCCGGGCUGGUGUCUGUAUCCAUAAUGGCAUAGUGCAUAAAAACAAGGAAGAAUGGACAGUGGAUGACUGCACUGAAUGUACUUGCCAAAACUCAGCGACGGUGUGCCGUAAGAUUUCUUGUCCCCUGCUUCCUUGUGCCAAUGCAACCGUUCCUGAUGGUGAAUGCUGCCCCCGAUGUGGAACUCCCAAUGACUCUGCUGAGGAUGGCUGGUCCCCCUGGUCUGAAUGGACUCAUUGUUCUGUGUCCUGUGGAAGGGGUACUCAGCAGCGUGGCCGCUCCUGUGACCGCAUCAAUAACAUCUGUGAGGGCACAUCUGUGCAAACGAGAGAAUGUUACCUUCAGGAGUGUGACAAGCGCUUUAAGCAAGAUGGCAACUGGAGCCACUGGUCACCAUGGUCAUCUUGCUCUGUUACCUGUGGAUCUGGAGUUAUCACACGCAUUCGUCUCUGUAACUCACCUACUCCCCAGAUGGGAGGAAGAGAGUGUCAGGGUCAAGGCAGACAGACUGAAAAAUGUGAGAAGUCACCAUGCCCAAUCAGUGGAGGUUGGGGGCCAUGGUCACCUUGGGAUACCUGUUCAGUAACCUGUGGAGGCGGUGUCCAAAAUAGAAAACGUCUUUGCAAUAGUCCACCACCCAAGUACGGUGGAAAAGACUGUGUUGGUGAUGGAAAGGGAACUCAGCUGUGCAACAAAAAUGCAUGCCCUAUUGAUGGAUGUCUGUCCAAUCCUUGCUUUGCUGGAGCUCAGUGUACAAGUUUUCCAGAUGGGUCUUGGAAAUGUGGAAAAUGCCCAGCAGGUUACACUGGCAAUGGCAUUAACUGUAAAGACAUUGAUGAGUGUAAGGAGGUUCCGGAUGCUUGCUUCGUAUUUAAUGGCGUCCACAGAUGUGAAAAUACAGUACCUGGCUACAACUGCCUGCCAUGUCCUUCACGCUACAGUGGUCCACAGCCAUUUGGACGUGGAGUGGAGGAUGCCGCUUCAAAGAAACAGUUGUGCACACCUCGUAAUCCCUGCCUUGAUGGAAGCCAUGACUGCAAUAAGAACGCCCGCUGCAACUACCUGGGUCAUUUUGCAGACCCCAUGUUCCGCUGUGAGUGCAAGCCCGGCUAUGCUGGGAAUGGACACAUCUGUGGAGAGGACACAGAUCUGGAUGGUUGGCCAAAUGCUGACCUUGUGUGUGUGGAGAAUGCUACCUAUCACUGCAAGAAGGACAACUGCCCAAACCUUCCAAAUUCUGGUCAAGAGGACUAUGACAAGGAUGGAAUUGGUGAUGCUUGUGAUGACGAUGAUGAUGAUGAUGGCAUUCCCGAUGACAGGGACAAUUGCCCAUUCGUUUUCAAUCCAAGACAGUAUGACUAUGACCGAGAUGAUGUUGGUGACCGCUGUGACAACUGCCCAUACAAUAGCAACCCUGACCAAACUGACACAGACAAUAACGGUGAAGGGGAUGCAUGUGCUGUGGACAUUGAUGGAGAUGGUAUUCUGAAUGAAAAGGAUAACUGUCCUUAUCUGUACAAUGUGGAUCAGAAAGAUACUGAUAUGGAUGGUGUUGGUGACCAGUGUGAUAACUGCCCCCUGGAGCACAAUCCUGACCAGCUUGAUACAGACUCUGACCUUGUAGGAGAUAAAUGUGACAGCAAUCAGGACAUUGACGAAGAUGGUCAUCAAAACAACUUGGACAACUGCCCUUAUAUUCCAAAUGCUAACCAAGCUGACCAUGACAAAGAUGGCAAAGGAGAUGCUUGUGAUUAUGAUGAUGACAAUGAUGGCAUCCCAGAUGAAAAAGAUAACUGUAGGCUAGUUUUUAACCCAGAUCAGCUGGACACUGAUGGUGAUGGACGUGGUGAUGCUUGUAAGGAUGACUUUGACCAGGACAAUGUUCUAGACAUCUAUGAUGUGUGCCCAGAGAACUUUGACAUCAGUGAGACUGACUUCCGCAAAUUCCAGAUGGUGCCUCUGGAUCCCAAGGGCACUUCCCAAAUUGAUCCUAACUGGGUAGUCCGUCACCAAGGGAAAGAGUUGGUUCAGACAGUUAACUGUGACCCAGGCAUUGCUGUUGGAUUUGAUGAGUUUAACUCAGUGGACUUCAGUGGGACCUUUUUCAUCAAUACAGAGAGAGAUGAUGACUAUGCAGGAUUUGUGUUUGGUUACCAGUCCAGCUCCCGCUUCUAUGUGGUGAUGUGGAAACAAAUAACUCAGACCUACUGGUCCAGCACACCCACCAAGGCACAGGGUUACUCAGGGCUGUCAAUCAAAGUGGUUAACUCAACUACAGGACCAGGUGAACACCUAAGGAAUGCCCUUUGGCACACUGGGGAUACUCCUGGACAGGUGCGCACUCUGUGGCAUGACCCUAAGAAUGUUGGUUGGAAAGACUUUACUGCUUACAGAUGGCACCUGAAUCACAGACCAAGAACAGGACACAUAAGGGUUGUUAUGUACGAAGGAAAGAAGAUCAUGGCAGAUUCUGGAAGAAUUUAUGACAAAACAUAUGCAGGUGGACGGCUAGGUCUUUUUGUCUUCUCACAAGAGAUGGUAUACUUCUCAGAUCUUAAAUAUGAAUGCAGAGAUGCAUAAUUGCACAAGCAGGACGUUUUUGGAAGAAGGCACCUUUCUCUAUAAUUACGAAUAUGUAUUCCAUGCAAAGUCCAGGGACAGAUUUUCCACUACAUUUUUUUGUCUAAUGCACUCUGGUGGGGCAAGAAGUGGAUUUAUGGUAACCAAUGCUGGUUUGGACAGAGCUAACAGAGCUGACUGGGGAUUCAGGACCCCUCCACCAAGACCAGGUAGAGCAGAAAAAGCCCCCAAAUGCUUGGAUUGAUUGAUUCUGAAAACUCAUUCAGAUCUGUGCAGGAAUUGCUCCCUGCAUACAUAUAUGCACUUGAGUACCUUCUCUCGCUGCAUUAUUUUUUAUUCCCCCAAUGGAUAUUAAAAGAUGAGACCAAUCAUUAGGCUUUAAUUCUCAUAUAUUUGCCCUAGUAUUGUAAUUUAUUGAAGAUCUAUUGACAAUGACAACAUCGAAAAGACUUUAAACAGGGUAUGGAGAGUUUAUCAUGCUACUAAUUAGCAAGACUUUACCAAGUGGAUGUAAUGGCAUUUAUAAUGUUGAUGUGUGGAAAAUAUCAAAAUCAAGGUUCAAAGAUUUUAAUUGUGCUUAACAGUCAAAACAAAACAAAAAAAGUCUAACUUAUACACCAAUACCCUCAAAUUAAGUUAAGCCAGCAUAAUUGAAAUCACUUAGCAGUAGCUCAAAUAAAAUUUUAGGUAAUUUCUGACAUCAGUGGACAUAGAGAACUAAGUCCAUAACCAUGGUUUUCUCAGGGUGAGACCAGAUAUUGACCAAACAUUUGAACACAGAAGGAAGCUAUGUUUUAGGCUUAGACUGAGUCACCAGUAAUUUUUGUAGUAACAUUUUAAAACCAAACCAUUAAGAUGGAAUUGUAAAUGACACAGUCAUCUACAGGGAGCAUAUAAAAUAAAGGCCUCUUUACAAUUGUUUUAAGAAAAGCACUUGCAAAGUAUGAGUUGGAGCUGGGAUGAUGGACCAUGGAAUCCACAUUAUUCAUAGGUUUAUUAAUAGGUAAAGGUUGUGGUUGUUUGGUGAGGAAAUUCUAACCUAUUGGAUAUUCUAAUGUAUUGUAUGUAAAAGCUACAAUCAAUGUAACUUAUUUAUCAAUUAUAAUAGUAUAAUAUAUAGACAAAUUCAAAAAUAUAUACAAUAUAAAUAUUGUAGUGUCACUGGCUAUAGCUAUCUGACCACACACUCCAUUAUGCCUUAUCUGACCACAUUCAUAGAUCCCAAAAGGAGAGUUUUACAUGUGUGCCUUUUGCCUUGGAAAAAGAGAGAUUAAGGAAAACUUAAAUGUACAACACAAUGUACAACUUUUACCUCAACACAGUCCUAAAAUUGAACCAAUUUAAAUCUAUUAGUACUUUUAUUGUGUUGAAGAAAGCAACUUGGUCAGCUAUUGUUUCUGUAGCACAAGCUGUAAAUAGUAUUACAUUCCUCCACAAGAAGAAUACAGCAUCUGAUUCACUUAAUAAACAAAAAUAAAGUGUUUUGUUUCA